AAAUUCAAAAUAUUUUAAAUAUGAUCCUGUUAAAAGGACUUUGUUUGCAUGUUACAUGUAAACUGUUGAUCAUUGCUGUUUAGCAGCAGCUUAUUGUAACCUAGUAACAAAAAAUACUAAAUAUCAUGCGUGCAGGCACAAGUUCAUUUUGUUCCUCAUGUUUUUGUGACCUAUUUGCCAUGUUUGUAUAUCAUAACAAAAAGAAAACCUUUAGUUUCCUCUUUUCGGCUGUGUUUAACAGCACUUAUAUAUCAUUAUAUUUAUUUUAAUUUAAAUUUUCAUUCAUUAAAAAAAGAAAUUGUGUUAGUGUUUAUCGUCUGUGUUGUGUAUAAAAGAUAGUAUUUAGUGCAAACAAUAUGUUUGCGAACUGCCACUUUACCAACGAAAUAUCUCUUCAUCGAACUGUUUUUUUUUUUUUUUUUUGAUGACAUCCUAAUUGAGAAUUUAGUUUUUAAUAUAGAAGACUGAGAGCAUACAAAGACACAUGCGAAUAAAAAUUAGGGUUAUUUAAUAAAAUUUUCAUUUUUGAACUAUUCGAACAGUAUAAUACAUGUAUAAAAGGUAUUGUGUUGUAGAAAAGAUGAAUUUGUGAAUUUGAACUACUUGUUUGCCGGAUUCAAGAUAUAAAAACAUUUUGGUUUUAAUGACCUAUUUCAAUUAAAAAAAAAACAAAAAACAAAUAAAAAUCAUUUUAGAAUCAGGAUAAGCUUGUACAGAGUAUAUUCUAACAAUGUUUUGGAUAAAGUGUAUUGUUUUCAACUUCGUUAUCUAGUUACAGUCAUAUCAUUAACAUGGCUAUAUAGAUGUUCCUGUUACUCAGAUCGUAAAAACUUAAUUUCAAAUGAAAAUGAUAUGCUGAAAUAGGCUAAAAUAUAUGACAGAAGUUCCCCUAGUAUUUAAUGCCAGCAUUAAAGUUUUGCGAAUUUCCCUUUUCUGUACUUCAUAAAAUUUAAAUUUAUUAUAAAAAACUUUUUUUUGACCACCUCCCAUGUAUAAAAGAAAAAGUUCUGCUUGAUGCAGAACAACCAUAAGUUUACUUCAAUUCAGCUACACAAGUGAUUCAACAUGAAGCUGUUCAUAGGACUCUUCCUCACCUCUGCAUUCCUCUACUCAGUCCACAUGCUGCAGUGUCUAAAUUGUGAGUCUUUUAUGUGCGAGAAGCCAUUUUUAACAAACUGCUCUUCAGGUGACUCUUGUGCCACUGUACAGAUUGACGAAAUGUAUUCAGGUUAUAAUUUUACAAUGGUUGAUAAAUUUUGCAUACAGACUGAAUUGUGUGCAUACUUUCGUGCAAAUGGUACAACAUUCACUUCAUCAUUUGGUGUUGGACGAAGAAGGGUUAUUUUAACAUAUUCCUGCUGCAACACUGAUGGCUGUAACAAUGCGAGUACUGAUGAACCAAACAAAACCCCAAAUGGACUGAAGUGUAAAUCAUGUCGCAGUUUUUUUGAUGAAAAUUGUGAAGAUUUUGAUAUGAACUGUGUGGGAAGUCAGGACCGCUGUUUUAAUGACAAAGCUUCUUCAUUACCUUUUGGCUAUGGUCUUGGAAUGAAUCACACAUUAAAAGGCUGCAUCUCUAGUCAUUUCUGUAAGCCUUCAAAAUUCUCAAACGUGACCUGCCUUGAAGGGAGAUUCACAAGCAAUCGUGUCUCCUGGAUGAGUGAAGUCAAUUUCAAUCUCCUGCUUCUGAGUCUGAUUUCAUUUGUUUUACUGCUAUAAGACAUCAUGACAAUAUGCCUUGUGUCUUGGGUCAUUUCUUUGCCACUAUAAUAUAAUGCAAAUAUAAUUGCUGUUUAUAAACAGGUUUUCCUCAAACACUUCCCCACCCCAUAUUCACUUCACUCAUGGUGAACCAAUGUUGCUGUGUUUGGCAUGUCCAGAUGUUAAAAUAAACCAAGGAAAUUUUAAUAGUGUUAGCUGUUAGGUUAACCUAACAGCAUUAAAGUUAAAUUGGAAGUAUUUUAAAUAUCCUUAAUUGGUUACACUUUAUUUUAAGGCAUCACUGUUACAUUGUAAUUUUAUAUGUAAGUACUAAGUAAUAAUCAUCAACAACAUGUACUUACUGUAGGGUUUGGGUUAGGAUUAGGGUUUGGCUUAGGAUUAGUUGCAUGUAAUUAUGCAUAAUUAACUGUUAUUACUAUAAUAAUUACAUGUUACAUGUGUAACAAAGACACCGUAAAAUAAAGUGUUACCCCUUACUUUUCAAAAUAUGAACAGUACGAACUUUAUAGUCAACCUGUAGUGUAUACCUGUUUCUUUGUAUUAUUACUAUCAUUUCUGUUAACUUUCUUGUAUUCUUUGUUUUAAAAAUUUCAAAUAAUUAUUUUGAACAUAUUUUUGAAUUUAAUUGUGCCAACUUUGAUACAGUGGAUAACAUUUGACAGAAUUGAACUGGUACAGUGGGCGAAAGUGACUAACAUUACCAAAAUAACGGACAUAAAGAACUGUUUUAAAUCGGAAUAAGUUAAAGAACGUUUUUGUCGUUGUCGUUUCAAAAAAUUGGUGACACAUGGUGUCUGAACAGGGUGCGCAGUGGCAUAUGCAAAACACCUUCACAGAUGCUGGGCAAAAAUGGCAUGCGUCCAAUUAUUGCGAUUGGUCCGAGUCCAAUGAUUUGUUGAACAUUUUUUGUUUUGGUUCUACACCUUUCACAGAUGACAUAUAUUUAUAAAAAUACAUUUAAACAACUUAACAUAGUGAUUGCUAUCAGGAUGUGUGGAGACUUUUCA